UCAGGCCUAGUUAAUUUCAGAAUGGUUUAAAUUAUAGCCCCAUAAUAACUACAGCCUUCCUCAGAUACCUCACAUUGAAUAAGUGCACAUUCUUACUCCAGACAGUAGAUGGCAACCUCUGCCUAUCUGAAAAUCAUCUGCCACAGAGAAAUAAAAAACAUAAACAACUUUUACUGCGCAAGACUAUUACGAGUUUGCUGGACUGCAAAAAAAAAAAAAGAUUAUGGCACUAGGCUCUCAAUCGCAUGAAAAUCGAAUGCAGUUGAAACACAAUAUUGGAACCUGCAUAGACACAAUUCAAGACAAACUGUUCAUUCUAAGCCAAGACAUAUGGAGGUGUCCAGAGCUUGCAUAUGGGGAGAAACAGUCGCACGACAGGCUCGUUCGUUUUCUCUCUGAUGAUAACUUAUGGGAGGUUGAAAGUCACUACAAACUGCCUACCGCAGUUAGGGCGACAUGGGGCCCAUUUGGUGGCAAAGAUGGCGACAGAGUUUUGAAUGUGGGAUUCCUAUGCGAGUACGACGCGUUGCCAGGUAUUGGCCAUGCAUGUGGACACAACCUCAUAGCAGAAGUCGGUGUGGCUGCUGCACUAGGGCUGACGGGUGCAUUAGGAUUAGUAAGAGAACCAACAGACUGUCUGACUCCUCUCCGUGUAAAGGUACAUUUUUCCAGCAGCGAGUGCAUAUAUUGUGGCAUUAAAGGUGACAGUUCUUGGGACCCCAGCAGAAGAGGAUGGAGGAGGGAAGGUUGACCUCAUCCUGGCUGGGGCAUUUGAAGACAUGGAUGUUGUCUUCAUGGCUCACCCCGCUCAGCAGGAUGUUGCCUUCCUACCCUGUGUAUCCAUCACAGAUGUGACAGUGAAGUACCAUGGGAAGGCGUCUCAUGCUGCAGCGUACCCCUGGGAGGGGGUCAAUGCCCUGGAUGCAGCAGUGCUGGCGUACAACAGCCUGUCAGUUCUGAGGCAGCAGCUGAAGCCAGACUGGAGACUCCAUGGCAUCAUCAAACAUGGUGGAGUGAAGCCUAACAUCAUCCCAGCCUACACCGAGCUGGAGUAUUACUUGCGCACUCCACUGGUCACGGACCUGUCUGACCUCAAAGCCAAGGCAGAGGCCUGCUUCAGGUCAGCUGCCAUGGCAACUGGUUGUCAAGUGGAGAUAACUUAUCCAAACCACACAUAUUCCAACAUCCUUCCCAACACCACCCUUGCACAGCUCUACGAAGAGAAUGGUAGAGCCUUGGGGAUUGAGUUUGUGGAAGUGCAGAACAAUUUCUCAGGUUCCACUGACUUUGGCAACGUGUCAUUUGUCGUCCCUGGGAUACACCCUUUCUUUUACAUUGGCACCGAUGCACUGAACCACACUGAGGAGUACACCGCAGCUGCAGGUGCAGAAAAGGCCCAGUUUUACACACUCCGGACGGCCAAGGCCCUGGCCAUGACAGCUGUGGAUGUGCUGUGCUGCCCUGAGCUGUUUCACAAGAUGAGGGUGGAAUUCUCUGAGGCCAAACUGAAGCAGGAGCAAGGACCGAAAGACAAGGACACUACUGGCUCCACACAUUCAUGAAAAAAAAAACAUUGAUGACCUCGUGAUUAACAGGAAGUAUUGAUUCAAACUACCUCUAGUCUGCAAUCAGUGCCAAGUUGCUCAUGAUUUUCGAAGAAUGGUAAUCAUUGUUAUCAAUGAAGCAAUUCUAAUACACCAUAAAGCAAAGUUUCUAAUGAGACGCUGCAGCAUUGCAAUUACUGUAAUAUGUCAAUUUCCAUGUCUUUAGGCUAGUUCAAAACAUGUUCUUCCAUUUCAGAUGCAAUGACUUCCUCUUUCUCAGAAAACAGCACAUUUAUUAAAUAUGUUUAACAAUGAUCACAACAUAGCUGUUACAUAGGUGUGUUGAGUGAUUUAUGCUCAUAUUGAUUAUAAAAAAUAAGGGGGUAUUUGGAGACACAAUCUCUCCUAGUAAGACAAUAAUAUAUCCAUCCUGUAGCUAUAUAUGAGGUUAUCUACGAGGUUAUUUAUUCAAACGGAUUCAAAGGGGAAUGAACUCUAAAACCCGAAACAACUAAUACAGUGAAUCUCACAUAAUAAUAUACACGAAGAGACAUUAACUUCAAAAGUCUCAAAAUAGUGGAAAAGAAAACAGCCUAAAGUGAUUUGUACAUUUUGGCUUCAAAUAACCUAACCGGUUUGUUUCUUAUCUAUUCGUGUCACAUGUAGUUGUGCUAUUGCUGUGAAAAUUAGCACAAAGGUCAAAUGGUUGCUUAUUACCAACAAACUAGUGUUUAAGAUCAGAAGCAACGAUACAUAACAUCCAAACAGUGUGUUCAUAUUUUAGAACUGCAAAUACGAAAAAUGUAAAGAUAUCACCUGAAAUUCAGGCUUUAGAGUUUAAAGGGAUAGCACUCUCCGGGGCACUGUCUAGUCAUAGUCAUGCUAAGUCACUAAUAUAUACACUUCAUGUCAAGGCCCUUCACCCGGUGGGCAAGCAUUCAGAUCUAAAACCUAUCAAUGUUGUUUUUCAGUUGCUUAGUUGUCCAUUGGUCACAAUCAAUCAAUAUGACACAAUCCCAAAAAGUUUGAAUUAAUGGUGACCACAAUAAAAAAAAAAACAUCUCAAUGUCAAAUAUAUAAUCAACAAGGGGCUAUACGUUCUAUGGAAAAUAAUUCACAUGUGCAAACAACAUUGUAUUUCAAAAUUUGACACUCCCAAAACAUUGCAAUCAAAAAUAGUUUUUCAACCCCGAUGCACCAGUUAUCAAUAUUAAUUAGUCUGAUGUUUGAGAAACCAUAUUGUAACUGAACAUUUUCAGUGGAUGUUUAAAUAAAAAUACUGCACCCAAUUUUGUAAUGCUUGACCCGGUGGCUCAGUGGAAAUGACAAUAAACCCUUAUAACUG